CCCCCCAAAUCAGAAACCCAAUUCCCAUUUCCCUUCCCGUCCCCUUCUCCUAAACCGACAUUCCUUUCCCCGUUUCCCUUUCCCUUCCUUCUUCCUCGAGCAAUCAGCAGCACCAUCAACAUCUUCACCGCUUUCCUCCUUCUUCUGAAAUUUCGAGUGCCUUCAAGCAAGAUUCAUCAUCUUCUUGUUGAUUCAACUGGUCCUUCUCGUUUUCCUUUUCUCUGGGCAGCAAAAUCAAGUGGCGGCUUUCACCGAACACGAACACCACUUCUCACGGUGGUUCUACAACCAUUACCGGUGUUCCUCUUCUUGUAUUUGUUGGUGUAAACAAACUAAGGAGGCGACUUUAUCGAAGAGCCCUUCUAAUAAUCGCGGGGUAGCAGACUUAGCCUCUUGAAGCGUUCUUUUAGCUGAUAACAGAUCGGAUCCGAUCGGGAAUAAUCGGGUUAGCAAUGUUGAUGAGAGUGCUAAGGAUGUCCCUUUGAACUGAGGCCGUGGAAGCUUAUAGUUUGUAUUAGGAAUUUUUUUAAUGUAUAUUAGUUCUGAUUAUGUUGAUUAUAAUGGACUCGUAGUGAGUUGUAUGGUUACUUUAUGUAUAGAUUAGAUAUUUGGUUUGAGAUUUAGAUGUGAUGGAUUCGUUAUAGAGCUGGUGAUUCCUUCGCCCAGGUUUUGGGAUAUGAUUUAAGUUACUUGGGAUAUAAUCCCCGUGACGACCCUGUUUAUCCAGCCAACAGUAAGCUGGGUUGUUACAGUGGGGUGGGGCUAUGGUCGUGGAGUUGGUGGAAGGUUGAGAUAUGUGGUAAAAGGAUGGUAAUAUAAGAGGUUUUUUUGACAAUAUGUUGACCAAUAAUUAUAAGUCACUUAUAGUUAGAGGAUGUCCAAAGGAAAUCCCCCUCAAAGGUUAUGUUAUUAAUGGUAAAUCAAUAGUUAGUACUAUUAUUGUUUGAAAAAUUUUAAAGUUUGUGUUAUUUAUAGUUAGUCAACAGAUCAUCUAAAAUUAUUAACUUUAAUUUUUUAGUAAUAUGUAGGCAAUUUAGUAUUCUUUUGAGAGGCUAAGUUCAAGCCUUUUUUUUUUCUUUUCUUUUGGUUAAUUAAUUGAUUUUGUUAUUCACUUUUUUAUUGACUUAAUAAUUAUGUUUGCUAUCUUUUUUAAAAAUUAUUUAAAUAAUAAUUGACAUGCAAUGAAUUAGAUAAGACUGAUCAAAGAUAUAUUAUACUUAAAAAAAAAUAAAAUAAUUGCUAAACCUUUGAGCCAACCCGUCAAACUUGCUCCUAACCCGUUUAGAACCACCAAGAAACCGCUUCAAACCGAACUGAAACCGUCUAUCAACGGCCAAAAUUUAGUUCUACACUUCUACUUUUGUGAAACCGGAACAAGAACAUACACUCAAACCUAAAACUACAGCAGAAGAAAAGAAUCUCACUAUAAAGGUGAACAUGACAUGAGUGAUAAUGAAAAUAUGAAAUUAGUUCAUGACCCAUCACCAAUUCCUCACCACAAAACUAAACUCAAAAUCUGGAUGUUUUUGUUUUGUUCUUUGAAAUGAAAAGAAAUGGCAAUUGUAAUUAGAUCGAUAAACAAAUUCAUCUUCCAAGCAUCAUGUAGCAGCAACAAUGGUGUUGGCAACAAAGUUAAAAAACAACCACCAAUCUUUGUAUCCACAAACCCAUCAAACAUUAACAUUCAUGCUCUCUCAAAACUCUAUUGUGCUUGCAAUCACUCCCCUCAUCGUUUCUCCGCGGCAAUCGAGGACAUUGACGCCGGAAAACUGGGCAUCGCAAUCUCUCACAGCUCCGUUGUAGUGUCCGUGUUUGCUUCCGUUACUGACUGCGAUGAAGGUGGCGUGGAGGAGAAAGAAAAGGGUUUGUUGGGAAGAAUUCUGCCGGCCGCACUAGUAGGCGUGCCGGCCGAGAAUGGUGAAUUGGUUGGGUUUGGAAGGGCAGCUUCUGAUCAGGCCUUAACUGCUUCCAUUUACGAUGUCAUGGUCCUUCCUUCUUUGCGACGAUUGGGAAUUGGUAGGAUGAUUGUUCAAAGAAUCAUCAGAAAUCUUGUUAGUAAAGGCAUUUAUGACAUAUCAGCGCUCUGCACUGAGGAAGAGAGAUUAUUCUUCGCAGCAUGUGGAUUUGGAGAUGAUAUUUUGGGAUCAACAACGAUGAUGUAUGCAAAAACUUCUCCCGACAAUAUUGACAAUAACCGGAUUAUUACAUGAGCUGGUCGGAAACUUCUGGUAGCACCACCUCUUAGACUACCAUUCCUGUCACGGAAACAACCCCCUGACAUUGUUGCUGAAAGUGAAUGAAUAUUCUCUUAAAUAUGUAGUUCUGUGUAAUAUUGUUAUUCAUUGUUGACUGAUUUUAGGUUCUUAUGUGUCAUAUGGCAGUUUAAUUUCUUAAUACACUGCUGAAAGUUUUUUUAGC